AAGUGCAGUAAUUAACAAUAUUAUAACGUUGUUUUAUUGUACGAAUUUUUGUAUGAAUUCGAGCGAAUUUUUAUUAUGGAAGGAUUUGCAAUCUGCUGCAGAAAUUAUUAGAUCCUUCGUAGCAUGCAAUUUCAAAUUCUAAUCUGAAAGUUAGUUCGAUCGAGUUGAGUCAUCUUUCCAAGUAGUCAUAGAAACGUGCGCCUCAGAAUGGUAGAUUACGGGGUCGAGGGUCGAGGGGGUUGAAUACGUGAUUGUACGCUUUCGUAAGCCGCAAGAGCCGCAAACUCGUGACAGUCCGUUUCGCAAUUAACGCGAUUGCGCGCGUUGCUUUCAAGAAUUCGUAAUUUUCAAACCGAUGGAACGAAAAUAUCAGAGAGUUGAAUUGGGAGUGGGCGCGUUCCAUAACCCUCCAAGAGCGAAAUACAGCGAAGAGACAAGAAAUCUUAUUAAGCUAUUAAUGGAGGAAUCCAAGCUAACAAUGUUGCAAAGGAAGACAAUCCAAGAAGCGAUAGACAAGGGAGAGUCUUUACCGCCUUCCAUCGACAAGACGAAAAAUACGAAGGAUAAGAUUGAAACUUAUCAAGUUAAAUUUCCAAGUGCUUGGAAGAGACGUUCACAAGAUACAAUAAUAAGCAGCGGUGCUUACGAGAGAGAACAAUACAGACGGACAGCGCCUUUACGUAAAGAUAAAAAAUAUUUUUUCAAGAUAAUAACCGAAAAUAUAAAACACAAGUUGAAUAAUAUGAAUUUUACGCAAUUAGCCAACAAGGAGAAACAAAAACGUCAUUUGGCAUGCAUGAUGGCUUAUGGGAAAGAUAUGCCGGAAACUCCUCAUGGUCCCAAAAUCCUUCAUAAGGUUAAACGAGAGCCGAAAAUACCUGAGAACGCGGAUUUUCUAAAUGAGAUGGUGCAAGGGAUUCGCGAAAGGAUGGACUUCUUGCAUGAUAUGGAGAAUCUCGGAAUGGGGAAGAAAUAUCAGCCCAUAAUAAAACAGGAGAUAGCGGAGAAAAUACGACUGAUCGAGUCGUUGGACAGUCAAACAUCUAAUGAAUUACGAAAAGAGAUUUGUGAAAUCAAGCGUGGAAGAUCAUCGUCGAGCCCACUUUCGCUUACUGAGGUGGAAGAAAAUUAAUCUCGUUCUUUUUUCAACGUAAUAUACAUAUAAUGCACGAAUUACGCGAGAUAAAUCGGGUUAUAUGUGUGUCAAAUAUAAUCGACCGUACGUUUUAUCAUAUUUCAAACGUCAUAUUUCACAAGUCUGAUAAAUUACAAGUGAAUUUCUUUGAUAAGAACAUAAUAGAUAAUAAUUCAAUUGUCCGAAGUUAUAACUAGAUCGAUAUAUGUGUAAAAUUAGAUUUAUAAUUUUAUUUUGUGAAGAGAAAAAAUUA